UCUCCGCGUGGGGAUGGCCUCCGACCGGCUCCCUUCGGGCGCCAUCUUGUGACCCGGGGCGGCCGUCACCGUCUCCUCCCCUCCCUGCCUUCUCUCGCCCGGGCCUCCGAGAGAGGGAGCUGAGGAGGCCGCCGCCAGUGGCAACCGCAGCCGGUGGUUCGAAAGGGAGCUGCUGCUGCGGCUGGCGGGCACCGAGGCACCCGCACCUCAUGCCGGUAACAACUGGUCCUGAAAGCACUUAAGGAUGAGGUGUAAGCUUCAGAGCUGUCAUCGAAAAGUCUAAAUGACCCAGCCUACAAACCUCAAGCAAGGAAAGCACACUUGCAGUGCCAUGGCAAGUUGAUGGCUCUCUUGUUUUAACCCAAAGCCAUCUUUCAACCAAAAUGAGAAGGAGCAACGCACAACGUAAACACAGGAUGUGGUUUCCAGACAACUGAAGUGUGAAGCAAACCUCAUGAAUUUCAACCACCGAGAUUCAGAGAGCAUCACUGACAUCUGCACUGAUGACGAUCUCCCUGAAGUUGAGCUGGUGAGCAUGCUAGAAGAACAGCUCCCUCAAUACAAGUUACGAGUGGACUCUCUGUAUCUCUCUGAAAAUGAAGACUGGACUCCGUCUCCGAGCCACCGCGGUCACCUCCCCGAAAUCACAUCUCCAGUCCUCGCCGAGGAGACCUUCCGUUACAUGACUCUCCUUGAACUCCCUCCUUCUUCCUUGGCUGGAUCUCACAAAUGCCCACCAGUUUUUGGCACAGACAGCCGAGAGCAAGUGGUGAAAAACUGCAACGAUGUGGAAGUGGUUACUCAUCUGCUGGCGGAGAGAGACCGGGACCUGGAGCUGGCAGCUCGAAUCGGACAAGCCCUCCUCAAGCGGAACCAUAUGCUGACGGAGCAAAAUGAAGCCCUGGAAGAGCAACUGGGCCAGGCGUUCGACAAGGCCCACCAGCUGCAACACGAGCUGACGAAGAAAGAUGAACUGCUCCGGGUCGUGUCCAUCGCUUCCGAAGAAAGUGAGACCGACUCCAGCUGUUCCACGCCCCUCCGCUUCAAUGACUCCUUCCACCUGUCUCAGGGACUCUUGCAGCUGGAUAUGCUGCAGGACAAACUCAGGGAAAUGGAGGAAGAGAACCUGGCUCUUCGAACAAAGGCCUGCCAUUUGAAGACCGAAACCAUGAGCUACGAGGAGAAGGAACAGCAGUUGGUCAGUGACUGUGUCAAAGAGAUCCGGGAAACGAAUGCUCAAAUCGUCCGAAUGAGCGAGGAAUUGGCAGGAAAGAAUGAAGAGCUGCUCCAUUAUCAGGAAGAGAUCUCCUCCCUCUUGGCCCAGAUUGUAGAUCUUCAGCAUAAGAUCAAAGAGCAUGUCAUUGAAAAGGAAGAGUUGAAACUUCAUCUGCAAGCUUCCAAAGAUGCACAGAGACAGCUGACGGCGGAGCUGCAUGACUUGCAAGAGCGGAACGUGGAGUGUCUGGGGAUGUUGCACGAAUCGCAGGAAGAAGUGAAAGGACUGCGCAGCAAGGCCAGCCCCGCUGCUCUUCUCUGCCACCCUCAGUCAUGCGGAGCUCUCCCACUCUCAUCAAUAUUUAUCACCAUCAAAGGAAGGAGACCUGUGUCUUUAAAAAGUGCCAGUAUCAUAAGACAAAAGAUCCAGCAGAAACGUGUAUUUGAUACUGUCAGAGCCGCUAAUGAUACCCGCGUCCGUCUUGCCCCACUGCCCAUUCCGGGGUCGAACCGUUCCAGCGUCGUCAUGACAUCAAAGCCCUUUCACUCUGGCUUGGGACAGGUUGAAGGAGAGGCACGUCCCACUCGGAGGAGCAGCCCAGAGAGCAUUGCCAAGGAUGAUCCAAAGCCGGGCCAGCCUGGUGUCCCUGGAGAGGACGGCUUGGCCACCGCUCUCCACCGGCUCACCCUCCGUCGGCAGAACUACCUAAGCGAAAAGCAGUUCUUUGAAGAGGAAUGGGAGCGGAGGAUGCGUCUGCUGGCCGACCAGAAGGAAGAGCUUGCCUGCUGCGGCACGCCGGCGGAGAGCUGCCUUUCGUUGGGGAGCAGUUCGGAACUCACUGACUUCUCUGCCUCCUCCAGCAGCCUCCGCAGCCUCCUGCCGGAGAAGCUGCAGAUUGUCAAACCGCUUGAAGGCUCCCAGACCCUCUUCCACUGGCAACAGCUAGCCCAGCCCAACCUGGGCACGAUCCUGGACCCGCGGCCCGGUGUUGUCACCAAAGGUUUCACUCCGCUGUCUCAGGACGAUGUCUAUCACCUGUCUGACUUGGAGGAAGACGAGGAGGACAAGGACGGAGGCAUAACCUUCCGAGUGCAGCAGUCUCCUUCAGAGGAGAGGGAGCCCAUAGAGCCGACAUCAGUGGCCGGGAUCUUCCUGCCACCCAUUAAAUUGGCAACAGCACCCCCUGCAGCUUCCAAUCCAGGAAAAUGCCUGUCAUCUACAAACUCUACAUUUACUUUUACCACCUGUAGGAUCCUCCAUCCAUCUGAUAUCACGCAAGUUACCCCUAGUGCUUCAUACGGCCCUCAGUGCUCAGGCAGUAAUUGCAGUACGAGCAAUACAGUCACAAACUCGCCAGCCAUGUCAUACAGGCUCAGUAUUGGAGAAUUCCUGACUAACAGAGGAGACUCAACUACCACUUUCAGCAGCACCAACGGUUUAGCUAAGCUUCUGCAAGAAAAAGGCAUCUCGGCCAAGGUCUACAACAGCCCGGUCUUGGAGAAACCGCCACUGCUCCAAUCCUUCAAGACGCUCGCCGUUCCCACCACACCACCAAAUUCGCCUUUGCACUCUCCUUGCCCUUCCCCUCUGCCAUUCGAGUCUCGAACGAACGUGUCCGAAAACUUCUUAGCCUCUCGGCCGGCCGAAACGUUACUGCAGGAAAUGUACGGGCAGAAGUCCUCUGGUCCUCCUGACGUCGGGCAGCUGAAGAUGAACCUGGUGGAGAGGCUAAAGAAGCUGGGUAUCGCCAGAGCUGUCAAACACCCGGAGGGAGGGGACAGCAAAACAAGUCAAGGGGCAAAAACUGGCCUGCCGAGGGAGGACUCGGUCGUGUACGUCAGCGCAGGAAGCAAUCUGAUGGCCGGGCUGAGAAGAAACCACAGUCUUCCGGUCUUGAUUGGGGCACUCGGGGCCCCUUUGGGCAUGUCGUCUUCUAAAAUGGGGGUCCUGAACGAGGACUGAGUGGUUUGCCAUGAUGGGCUUUUUGUUGGAGAAAUGUAUGGACUUUGAGAUGCAGGCCGUGAUGGUUGAAAGGAUGUAGGAGAAGAGUUGGUGUGGGAUAC